AGGCAGCGGGCUGUGUGUGUGUCUGUGUGUCUGUAUGUCUGUAUGUCUGUAUGUCUGUGUGUGUGAAGGCAGCAGUGAUAAACAGUCUUUUCUCCUGAUUAGUGGUUAAUGAUGAUGGAGGGAGACAGUGUGGAGAGAGAUGGGAGUGUUGUUAACAGGAGAAGAAAGAGAGAGGAGAGUUCUGAGGGUGCAGGAGGGAAAACUCAGAAAAGAAGCGAGACCGAUUUCGAGUCUUGCUUAGAUGAUUCUGCAGAUGUGAGCGUUCAUGAAGUCAUAACCUAUGACCCACCUGCACUGCCAGCGCAGCACUACGACCCCGACACCACGGAGCCCAUCAGCUCCAGUCUGAAGAGUCUGGAUGAACUGUUGUCGUGGAAACGAAGCGAGGCGAGCCCUUUUAACAUAGCCACAGUGCCUCUGGCCAGCAGACAGCCGCCACUGACCGACGCCCUGAGGAGGACACUGGUCUGCCAUGACAUGAUGGGAGGAUACCUGGAGGACAGGUUUAUUCAGGGCACUGAGGUGGGGGCUCCGUAUGUCUUUUAUCACUGGCAAUAUAUCGACAUCUUUAACUACUUCAGCCACCACAUGGUCACCAUCCCUCCUGCAGUGUGGACUAACGCAGCUCAUAAACACGGUGUUCUCUCAUUAGGCACGUUCAUCACAGAGUGGACGGAUGGGGGGAAGAUGUGUGAGGUGUUCUUGGCGGAGGAGGAGGCGUAUCGCUCCGCUGCAGAUAAACUGGUGCAGAUCACUCACUGCUAUGGCUUCGACGGCUGGCUCAUCAACAUCGAGAACGUACUGAGUGCCACCGCGGUGAAGAACAUGGCUCCGUUCCUCCGAUAUCUGACCGAUCAGCUGCACGAGCGAGUGCCCGGCAGUCUGGUGAUCUGGUACGACAGCGUGCUGGAGAACGGGACGCUCAAAUGGCAGAACGAGGUCAACAACAGCAACAGAGUGUUUUUCGACGCCUGUGACGGCAUAUUCACCAACUAUAACUGGACGGAGAGCAGCCUGGAGGGAAUGGCCUCCUACUCCGCAGCUCAGGGUCGUCUGGCUGAUAUUUACAUUGGGAUUGACGUGUUCGCGAGAGGAGAGGUGGUGGGAGGGAUGUUCGAGACCAACAAGGCACUUCAGCUGGUGCGUAAACACGGCUUCUCCACGGCGAUCUUCGCUCCCGGCUGGGUGUACGAGUGCCACGACAAGGCCGACUUCCGCCAAAACCAGGACAAGUUCUGGUUUCUGUUGGCGGAUCACCUCUACAUCCACCGUCCUGUGUCCACUCUGCCCUUCGUGUCUUCUUUCUGUCAGGGCUUCGGCAAGAGCGUCUACUGGAAAGGGCAGGUGGUGCAGGAGCGAAGCUGGUUCAAUCUGAACGCUCAGGAGCUCCAGCCUCUGUACUCUAAGCAGAGUUUGGAGGAUGGGGGCUGGUGGAGAACCCGCGGCUGCCCCGAGGACGCCUGGGCCGGGGGCAGCUCGCUGCUGCUGGAGGGAAAAUUACCAAAAUCACUACCCAGAAUUAUUGCAAGGAUAUUUUCUCUCCACGUUCCUUUGGCCACGAGGACGUUUAUCUCCUUCGUCUAUAAGCCGUCGUUGGGGGUGAACGUGUCUCUGGAGCUGAAAACCACAGACGCUGGUCUGUGUACGUACUCAGGAACAGAGGAAAUAAUAUCCAGUCGUGUGUCUCCAGUGAUGUUAAAGGAGGAUCAUCAGUUGGUGAAGCAGUUCACUCAGAGCUGCGGUCACUGGACGGCAGAUGGCUGGACCACCAGAUGUUUCCAGCUGGAUCUGAACGGCUGUGCGCUCAGCGAGGUGUUGGUUAACGUGGAUCGAGACGGAGCAGAACAGGAUCUGGACUUUAACUGCAGGAUCGGAGAGAUCAUGGUGCUGGAUGCGGAGAGUUUGUCUGCGCCUCCUCUCCCCGUGCGGAGCGUCUGUGUGUAUGACGUGGUUUGGCAGAGAGGAGCUGGAGACGGAGAUGGAAGUUCUCUGAAGGUCCUUCUGAACGCCACGCUGCGCUGGAGCUACCCGCCACAGCUGGUCCGUCACUGGCGCAUACACUGGCGGAGGCUGCGUGGUCCAGACCCCCGGGUGCCCCCUGGGCCGCCGGUUCUGAUCGGCCGCUCGUACUCCACACUGUACCGCCUGGUGGAGCUGGAGGUGCCGGGCGCUCCGGGGCUGCUGGAGCUGCUGGUGGAGCCGGUCAGCAGAGAGGGCUUCACUCUGAACCAGAGCUACUGGGGGAGGAUAACACUGAGCUACACACACUCCACUGAUAACAUAUAACCCACACACACACACACACACACACACACACACACACACACACACACACACACACACUCACACACACACACACUCACUCUCUAACGUGGAAGUUCAGUGCAGCCUUUGAAGAUAAAAGCCAGCUGCUCUGUGCUUCAGUAUUUGUGUUACAUAUGUAAACAGACUGGUUCCGACUGGUUUGGUGUGAAACGCUCCGUUCUAGAUAAACUUACUGAGUCAGAACUGUUCACAGUGGUGCUGAUAGGAACCAGACGCCAUAUUAUAGAAACUUCCCAUCUUUUUGUUGUAAGUGAAGAUCUGACCGGUAAGAUUUUUCACAAAUUCAUAAUACAGAAGCAAAUCUGAUCUUAAUUUAGGAAUCUUAUCUUACAGCGUCUUAUCUCCAGUUUGGAAAUCUGAACCUACUUGAUCAAAGUCGACAAUCAGCUGUCAUGUCUGUUUCCUAGCAACCGGCCAUAAACACGCACAGCUGAAACGUAAACACGUCAUCAGAAUAAUGUUAAAAUGUGAGUUAAGCUGCUGUUAAUGAU